AGGAAUUAGACUACAUGCUUCCACAUGAAAAUGUUAAGAAAGAAAAUGCCAAUUUUUCCACUCAGAAUUACCACAGUUCUUUUUUUUGUGAUGUUGGGGACAUCUAAUGCACAACUUAGUCCUACGUUUUAUGCUAAGUCAUGCCCCAACACGUCCAACAUUGUACUCGGGGUAGUCAAGCAGGCUCAGGCGCUCAGCAAAAUGAUGCCCGAAUUGGAGCCAAAAUUUUACUUCUUCACUUUUAUGACUGCUUUGUCAAAGGUUGUGAUGGCUCGAUCUUGCUAGACAAUGACAGUGCAAAUGGCGUAACGAGUGAAAAAUAUGCAUGCCCUAACGCGAAUUCAGUUAUGGGAUUUGAUGUGUUUGACCACAUCAAAACUGCACUGGGGAACGAAUGUCCCAGUGUUGUUUCUUGUGCUGAUAUUUUUGCCAUUGUAUCUCAAUUCCUGGAGCACACACCAUUGGUAGGGCUCAAUGCCAGUUCUUUCCCACAGGCUUUACAAUUUCAGCAACGCUGGAAAUCCAGACCCAUCCCUGGACACAGCACACCUGGAAAAACUUCAGGAUGCUUGUCCUCAAGUUGGUACUUGAACAACCAGGGCCUUCUUCAGACAGAUCAAGAUUUGUUCUCCGCCAGUGGGGCUGAUACUGUGGCCAUUGUCGAUAGGUUUGCUAACAGCCAGAGUGAUUUCUUUGAUAGCUUUGGUCAGUCCAUGAUAAAGAUGGGAAAUAUUAGUCCUUAACGGGAAAGGAUGGAGAAAUCAGAACCGACUGCAAGAGGGUUAACUGAACACUUGAAAACUCGGGUUAGUUAACAAUUUUCCUUGUUCCAAAUUCAAAGAAAGAAAAAAUUAAUCU